AUGAUAGGGGGCGUAGUCCAUAGGAAUGGCUCGCUAGAUGGAGUGAAGAAUGGUGCAAUAGAUGGUGCAACAGUGGGAAACGGUGGUACAAAUGGAAAAGGUGAUGGUAACGUGGGUGGUACAGAAAUAGGCGGCUGCCUAGAUGACCCCUCUCCAGGACACGGUGGCGGGGGCGUAGUCCAUAGGAAUGGCUCGCUAGAUGGAGUGAAGAAUGGUGCAGUAGAUGGUGCAAUAGUGGGAAAUGGUGGUACAAAUGGAAAAGGUGAUGGUAACGUGGGUGGUACAGAAAUAGGCGGCUGGCUAGAUGACCCCUCUCCUGGACGCGGUGGCGGUAUGUCCUGA